AUUGAUUUAUUCAGUUAUUGGAUGGGGGUGAUUGGCGUGGAGAGCCUCUCCACCUUGCAGGCACCUCGGAGGACUAAUAAUCACCUCGAAAGCUUCCACGCUAGGAUGUUGGCUGCAUUCGGCGUCAACCUGGAUGUGUGCAGUUUUAUGCGAAAAUUGAGAGAAGUUGAGAGAUCAUCAUUUGAUGAUUUACAACGUAUAGACAGAGACGAUCCGCAACGUGUGCGUAGGGCUCGAAGUGACAACAACGCCAACUCUGAUGCAAUCAGGAUGGCGCUGCGGCGAUUAACGCGCCAGGAAAUUACACUAAUAAAUUUCCUGACGACGGUGAGCCAUUGUGCUGACAACCUGAUAGAACGGGGAUUUGUCCAACAGUACAAUGGCCUCCAGGAAGCGGUCGUCGUUGACGAAGAAAUAAUUGAGUGGAUGUUGCCAGUGGCAGGAGAGGAGGUGGUGGUGGCAGCAGAAAAUGUAAGGCCACCUGCCCGACGCCGCCGAAGAAGACAGCAGGGAGUCCUGCAGCGUCCCAUCGAAGCCCAGCAGCAGCCACAUGCAGCCCCACGGUUGAGCAAUUGCGUGAUUUGUUUGAACAAUGAAUGUACGCACAUUGCUCUUCCGUGUGGGCACAUUUGCAUGUGCGAGGAAUGUGCCGAGCAAAAUCUAUUGCACAUGAACGGGCAGCCCCGUUGCCCACUAUGCAACAUACAUUGUACACACUAUCAGAGGGUGUACUUAAAUUUUCAGUAAGCAGCAAUAAGCAGGUAGGCUCAACUCACACUUAGGCGAGUCAGGUCGAGAAGAGUCUCGACUCUAGUCGAGAGCAUGUGUUUCUAAAUGAUGACACUCAGACCAGUCGAUUCUAGU